GUCAAUGGUGAGCACAGAUGGAUACUAACAAUAGGAGAAUUUGAAUAAGAAUUUCAAUUAUACGAUUAUUUGUGACACUUCUUUCCGCGAUGUGAUCGAAGUUACAGUAUAUAGUUCAACCCUCGCCGGUUUAUAUUUCUCAAUAAUCGAAAAUUUUCAAGCUUCCAAAAUGGCACCGUUUUCAAUUUGGUUGGAUGAACUAGAUGAAAUAUUUGAUAAUAUGGCAGAUGAAAAAACGGCCUCGUGGCCGUUCAUGCAAUCGGCCAGAACCGUGAUAUUAAUCGCUUUAUGUUACAUACUCAUAGUAACGUCGAUCGGACCAAAACUGAUGGAAAAUAGGAAACCUUAUAAUCUCAAGGGAAUAAUAAUAGUUUAUAAUACCUUUCAAGUGGUUGCCUGUACCAUACUGUUCGCAUGGGUAAUUCUGUCAGGACCAACAUUGGGAUGUGUUCCUUUGAGCGUAACAAGAGCCGAAGAAAAUUUAGAUACAGCUAGAAUAUGUUGGUGGACACUUCUUUUGAAAUUAGCCGAGUUAUUAGAAACUGUGUUUUUCGUGAUGAGGAAAAAACAGAAUCAAGUAUCUGCGUUACAUGUUUACCAUCACGUCUCUACGUUCUUCUGUACAUGGGGGUGUACCAAAAUUUUUCCCAGUAAGAUGGUAACAUUACCAAUAAUGUUGAACUGUUUUGUACACAUGCUCAUGUACACAUAUUACUUAUUAUCUGCAUUUGGACCAUCGAUACAGGAUAAAAUUAGUAAAUGGAAAAAAUAUUUAACCAUAAUACAAAUGGUUCAAUUUUGCAUUUUAUUAGUACACACGAGCCAGACGUUUUUGCCCAAUUGCGAAGUACCGAGCAUAUACCCUUAUGUUUUUAUACCGAAUGUAUUUUUAGUUUUUUAUAUGUUUUAUCAAUUUUACCAAGAAGCUUAUUUGAAAAGAAAACAAAAUAUAAAAUAGUAAUAUUA